CCGCGAUUGUGGACGAUUUGUGAAUGGUUUCUAAUAAAAAUCGGACGCCAACCGGAGCCUGGUGACUGGCGACGAUGCACAGGCACCCCCACAGCAACCGCGGCACUGCCACCACAACCACCUAACCAAGCCACAAGAUGCGAAGAACCAAAGCAAGCAAGCGGGAAGAAACUUGGGCAGCCAGCAGCGCUGCUGCGGCUUGCUUCGGCCAAGCCACCUUUUUUAACGCUCUCCACAUUCACACAAGGGCAGCGUUUGCUCUCUGAGUGGCGAAGGAGAUCAAGCGCACGCAGCCACUCAGCUCUUCUACUCAUCGCCGCUGCGUCAGUGAAAACCACACCCGGCAUUCACAUCACGCACACACGCUGUUCGCGCACACGCAAAGCACUCGCUGUUUGCGUGCACCCUGCUCGCUCACCGUCACAGCAACAAGAGCACCAGCAACGCCAGCAGCACAAGUCUGCAUCUGAGGCCGAAGCAAUACCAACAGCCACACACCUCUCUGGCUGGCUGUGUCCGAACGCAAGCCGAUUCAACCAUGAGGGUGUCGGUUUUGCGGGUGCUGAGGCAUAGCUGUGCCACACUCUUCUUGAUCGCGCUGCUUUCGUUUGCGCCCCCAACACCCACGCAUGCUCAAACCCAAGGCUGUGUGGAGGAUGUCGAUGUCGUAUUUAUUGUCGACGUCACCCCAGCGGCAGCUACUACAGACCUCAAGGCCGCCGUUUCAGCAUCUGUUCAACACAUCUUUGCACAGUUUUCGUCCGCCAGGAUAUCCAUUGCUCCAGUCUCUGACAAAGGGUAUGUGCAGCUGCCUCUGGCCAUGGGCGCAUCCGCAUCCAGCGUGCUGGCUGCCGUGGAUCGACUUGACCCGUUCGGCACAUCUUUCAGACCAAGCGAAGCGUUGGAUCUGGCACGCGAGCACUUGCAGCUGUACGGGCGCACCUCUGCUGCCCAUGCUGUAGUGGCGUUUGCUGCCUCUGCUGUCAGCGAUUCUUAUGGUGCCGUGUACGCGGCGCGCUCCGACCUGACGGAUGCGGACGUGUCCUUCACAUCUGUUGCUUAUCUGAUCAGCACCAGCAGUCUUGGCGGCCUCUACACGCCCACGUCCAUCACCCUUGGUUCGUCGUCGUGGCCUGCGUCGGCGUUGCAGCAAGUGACCACCGCCGUCAGCUGCCCCCCGGUCCGCCUCAAGCCCUGCCCACCGGCCCAGGUCCACGUCGGCCUCACUUGCACCUACCUGCAGGAGGUGGCGAUUGUCAUCACCUCGGGGCCGCGCACUGCCAGCCUGCAGCAGCAGCUCGCCUUCACCGCCGCCAUCACCAACCAGCUCCUCUCGGCACCCGGCACCCGCGUGGCCGUGUUCGCUGCCACCGCCCAAGGCCAUGUCGCUCUUCACGAUUUCACACAUGAGCAGACACAGGCCGCUGUCACGUCCGCACUGGAUGCAGCGGCGGCGCAACUUGUCGUGUCGUCUGCGCGUAUCGACCUUGCCGGCGCGUUCACGGCUGUGCAUGCGAGUAUUGCUACCAUCGGCGCCAGUGACGCGCGUGUGCUGUAUGUUGCGUCUGCGGCCGUGUCUGAUGUUGAAGGCGCCAUCGCCGCCGCCACAGCACUCCGCCAAGCCGCGCGCGUGCAUGGCGUGUACGUUGGCAAACCAACCAACCCGCCACUGCUACUCGACGUGGUCGACGGAAGAGGUCACGUCGACGGAAGAGUUCACGUCGACGGAAGAGUUCACGUCGACGGCUGA